GUCGUCGUCGUCGUCGUCUCGUUUGCAAACAAUGCGCGCGUUCUUUUAGUUCCGAGCAGCGCAGACGUCGGACUGGGGGAACAGAGAUUGAUGGGCCACAAAGGCUCCACAAAGGGCCAUGUUUAGUAGACAGAUGAUGACUGGCUGGAGCGAGAUAUUCUGAUGUUCGCGGUUCAGCCACUGUUUCCGUCGUCGGGCAUGAUUGGCCUAUUAUUACAGAGGACUUCCCACAACGUGAAAACUCUCCACGCCAGGAGACGAGAGACGAGAGACAGGUGGAAGAAAAAAAAGCACCCGGCAUCCUCUCAUCUCUGAUCCACCAAUUAGCCUGAAUAAGGCCACAAGAUCGCGCUUCGAGGUGGUUGUUCGAUGAAGCCAAUCUUUGCUUACAGCGCUCUUGAGCAAAAUAACCCUUGGGGACUGACUACCUACUCUACUGGGGGAAACAUGGGCUUCGGUCGCUUCCGUCUGGACGACGUGAUGACGCCUCGCCAGGAACCUGAGCAAUAAUACAUACCUGUGGCGUGCCGCGUUGGUACCUGCAGAAGCGUAAGAACAGUAAAAUAAUCCUUCGGCGCUCAAGGCCCCGCUUGACGGUGGCAUCUAGAGCCGUGGCUAUAUCCAACCAGGAACCGCAGAAGGCGAUAAGUCCAGAGAGCCAACUAAAUGAGCUGUGGGGCAGAAAUGAAGGUCAGAAACAGAGUGGAUCAACCAAGCACUGUUACCACGACGGACUGACUGGCUGAGAAGGCAGGGAUCACGAUACAGGAGGCCGCCCACCGGAGUAGUGUGGGCGCUGGAACUGGAGGGCGACGAGAGCGGGCUCUCCAAAUAAUAGACCAAAGCCACGCAACAACAGGCGAGAUGCCAACACUGUGAUGACCGCCAGACCAAAUGAGGCCAGAUGGGGGGGGGGGGUCAAAGGCAGAACAGCCGUCCAGUCAAGUGUCAAGCAGCACCGCGAGGUUGCAUGGCCCGCUCAAAAUUAGGGCAAUCCCAACGGCCCACAAGAUCGACUGUUUGCUGGCAGCGUGCCCCUUAUCCCGCUUGUUUCUCUGUGCUGGCCAGGCUAGACAGGCUAGCAGCGCCUGGACAGUUGGGGCCCAGGCAAUGUCUCGCUCAAUCUCUCCCCUUUCCGGACUGGAGCGCAGCGAUGAUCUGCCAGGUUAAUCUCCCACGUCCUACAAAAGUUGACGGCCGCCCACGUUGUUGUCCUUUUUUUCUCUUCUUCCUUUCCUUCUUCUUCUUCUUCUUCUUCUCUGUCAUACUCAAGUCAAUCUUCUUGCACCCUUCCUUGACGUAUCUCGCUCUUUCGACUUCGGUCGCCCACGCUCUUUUUAAUUUUUCCAACAACAGCUUACAUUUACAUUCUUUCUCCCUCCAAAUAAUUUUCACGACCUUUUAACUCGUGCAAUUAUUAAUUAAUUCCACAUCACCGUCAACAUGCGUUUCACAGCUGCUUCCGUCGCCCUCUUCGCUGGCACCGCUCUUGCCAUCCCCGGCUACCAGAAUGGCUAUCCGGUCGAUCCUCAGCCCAGCACUGUCUACUCCACCAAGGAUGUGACCAUCACCAGCUGCCCACCAGGUGGCUACGACUGCCCAGGCACCGUUCACCCUGAGCCAACUGGUGGCUACCCAGUUCCUUCGGAUGUUGAUCCCGAACCCACUGGAUACCCAUCUGAGACUCCUGUCUACCCAACCGGUGUAGAUCCCACUGGCGGCGAGUCCAGCGUCUACCCCACUGAGCCCGAGCCAACUGGGUACCCAUCUGAGACCCCAAGCGCCUCUCCAACUGAUGAGCCCCCGACUGGCUAUCCCACCGAUGGCGAAUCGAGCGUUUACCCAACUGGCGAGCCAACUGACGUCUAUCCCACUGACGGCGAGUCCAGCGUCUACCCAACCGGUCCUCAGCCAACCACCUCCACCAUCACCUACACCACCUGCAUCCCAACGGUGACCUCUUCCAUCACUGUCAUCUACCCAACUGAGCCUGCCCCAACUGAGCCCGUCCCCACCUACCCAAGUGGCUCUGACGGCCUUCCUCACCCAACCGGCGGCUACCCAACCAACCCAACUCCUCCCCCUUAUGAUGAGGGUGCUGCCAGCUCCGUUGGCGUCAACUUCGCCGUCGCCGGUAUUGCUGCCGUCGCCGCUCUCUUCCUUGCAUAGAUUUUCUUUCAAUGAUGAUACCCACGAUCCGCUCUAGUUUCUUUGGCUAGUUUGCAGGCCUCUCGGCAUGGACCCCUAGUGGGCUCUCUAGGAGGUUGUUGUGGCUAACGUGGAGAAGCUAGAGCUCUGUUCUGGGCUUUUUGUUUUUUAAUUUUCACACUUGGGGUAAUCAAAUGGCAGAAAGUUCAUCGUUACUUAAUAUUUUUCUCUCUCUUAGUCGUUUCCCUUAGCUGCAAAAGCGAGUCUUUUCCUUUUAACUUCAUGUGCUAUAUAUCUAUUCACCAUUUGCUUCAUGAUGACCGACACGAACGCAACAUUUUGGGGCAUGGGGUUCGGUUUUCAAACAGCAAGCCAGAGCUUUUGUUUUCUGCCCUCAAAUAUAUAUCUAGUAUAUGAAAGAGUGGGAAACAAGAAUUCUUGGGAAGCAUAUAAUAAUUCUCUGGCUACUCUUUAUUUGAUGGUAUAUUUUCAGCACCUUUUUGAGACUUUCGGUUUCUGCUCCCCUUUUCUGUUUUCGUUCUCUUGAUUUGGGACCUGUUCACGAACCAAACUGAAUACCAUCGCAUCGAUUUUUUCCUUUUCACGUUUCUUUCCUCAAAUCUUGUUCCAAUCCUCCAGGAGAGAAACUCUGUCGAUACAAAUUUUUGUAGCCAGCCUAUUUUUGUCCUUUUAUCUUGUUAUAUGCCACAUCCCGGGAAGGAAUCCUUGGGCUAGAGGGGGAAAAGAGAGAAAACCAAUAACGUGAGCUUUUCUUGCCGAAUUUUGCGUGUUCCCAUUUCGCCUUUUUCCUUGAUGUUAUUUGAUUUCUUUUUAUUUCAUAUUUAUACCCGAGAUCCCAUAUUUCCGCGUUGAUCCGUCGCCGUCUUUGCUCGUGUCCAAUCAAAUUUCCUUAAUUAUAUAUCGCUCUUGUCUUUGUUCAUUAUUUCUCAACCAUGCGUGUACAUGUACAUGUACAUCCCUCCAUUCCUCCGGAAAAGGCCAGUCGUAAUAUCUAAUAAGUUGCUGUUGAUCUCUCAUCUCAUCGACAUCAAUCGUAAAUAAUACCCUGUCUCCCGCGAUGAAACAAAACAUCCCCCCCCUGGAUCAAAUUUUCCCCUCAACCUCAUCCAUGUCAACUUAGCCAAUGGGAUCGCCAGUGACGGUUUUCUCCCCCUGGUGUUCCGAUGUUACCCAAUACUGGCACCUCAAUUUGCCAUACUAUGUAGUGCCAGCUUGCUCUCUACUCUUUGUCGCUUUACCUCGGAAAGAAAUGGGCGGAGUAUGUAGAAACGAGAGAAGUUACAUGGCUUUUUGAUCUUGAUUUUAUUUUAUUUAUUAUUUAUCUAUUUAUUUAUUCGACAUGGGAAAAUACCUUAAUUUUACUCUGUUU